UUAGGAAAGUAUAUUGUAAGAUUAUAUCAUAUGGGAUGCUGGCGUCGUAUUCUGGUAGAUGAUACCAUACCCGUAGAUAAAGGCGGUAGACCCCUUUUACCGUGCACCUCCAACAACUUUGAGCUGUGGCCGAUGCUUCUCGCCAAAGCAUUGCUCAAAAUUGCCUCGCUCACCUGGACGGAAUACCGCGAGAUCAUCGACUUCCAUCCAAUCUCUUGUUUAACAGGCUGGAUUUGCUUGACGCUAAACGUCACACACUUGUCGCUACAAGAUAAAUGGGACCUGCUGAUGAAAUAUUCUGAACAUUUUGAAUGGACAACGCAAACUACUCGUGGUAAUACGAACUUAAAAAGCUCGAAUAGCAUUAUGAUCGACAAGACGAGAAGACCUGGAGAAACUUUGCGGUUACUCAUCGAAACCGAGAAACCUCAACCGAUCACGUUAUUCCUUCUCUUGGCUGAUACCCGAGAACUCGGAAACAAAGCAGUACCUGGUCUGUCACCUUGCUGGGAUCACGUAAUUCACGUCGUCCAGUCACGCGACAUUCCUCUGGAUCCCAAAGACGUAAAAAAGUUCAAAACUAUCUCAAAAAUGUUUUUAUUUGGAUUAUAA